GAGCUUCCUGCAGGCAAUACGCAGCCUGAGAAUGAUCUCGGGGGAACUUCCUAGGAAAAAGGACGUACUUCAGGGUGGGAAGGUGUAGACAGGGAGCGCCAGGGCCGCCUCCAGCCGGAGAGAAUCCCCAGCGCGCUCCUACUACCAGCCCACGUGCGUGCGCCGGGCGGCCGGACGGCGGAGCGCGAGCCGGAGGCCCGGCGGGAAAGCGCAGGGGGGCGGCAGGCAGCGGGGAGCGCGCAGGGGCGGGGAGGCGGCGGCGGGGCUUCCCCGGGCUUCCCUCCCGGGCCGCGGGCGCCCGGCGCGGGCCCAGGGCGCGGAGGCAGCGCGCAGGGGCGGGGAGUCCCCGAGGCGCUCCUCGCUGGGCGCGGGAACGCAGCGCCGGAGCGCCGGGGCCCGCGGACGGGGGUGGCGCUGGUUCCUCCCCGCCGCCCCCGCCCCCGCCCCCGCCCGGCUCCCGCCUCCCGCCCCCGCCCGCGGCCUGGAGCGCCUCCCUCGCGCCCCGGGUCUGGCGAGCCGGCGCCGGCCGAGCUGCGGGAGUCGCCGAGAGCACCAGCCGCCGCCGCCCCGGAGCUGCUCCGGCCGCACCAUGCGGGAACUGGCCAUCGAGAUCGGGGUCCGAGCCCUGCUCUUCGGGGUCUUCGUUUUUACAGAGUUCUUGGACCCAUUCCAGAGAGUCAUCCAGCCAGAGGAGAUCUGGCUCUAUAAAAAUCCUUUGGUGCAGUCAGACAACGUACCUACCCGCCUCAUGUUUGCAAUUUCUUUCCUCACACCCCUGGCUGUUAUUUGUGUGGUGAAAAUAAUCCGGCGAACAGACAAGACUGAAAUUAAGGAAGCCUUCUUAGCGGUGUCCUUGGCCCUUGCUUUGAAUGGAGUCUGCACAAACACUAUUAAAUUAAUAGUGGGAAGACCUCGCCCCGAUUUCUUUUACCGCUGCUUUCCAGAUGGAGUGAUGAACUCGGAAAUGCACUGCACCGGUGACCCUGAUCUGGUGUCCGAGGGCCGCAAAAGCUUCCCCAGCAUCCAUUCCUCCUUUGCCUUUUCGGGCCUUGGCUUCACGACGUUCUACUUGGCUGGCAAGCUGCACUGCUUCACCGAGAGCGGGCGGGGGAAGAGCUGGCGGCUCUGCGCUGCCAUCCUGCCCCUGUACUGUGCCAUGAUGAUCGCCCUGUCCCGCAUGUGUGACUACAAGCAUCACUGGCAAGAUUCUUUCGUCGGUGGAGUCAUCGGCCUCAUUUUUGCAUACAUUUGCUACAGACAGCACUACCCUCCUCUGGCCAACACGGCCUGUCACAAACCGUACGUCAGUCUCCGAGUUCCAACCUCGCUGAAGAAAGAUGAGGGACCCACAGCCGACAGCGUGCCCAGUAUGCCUCUGGAGGGGAUCACCGAAGGCCCCGUAUGACUAGUGACUCAGGGCAAGGGACGAUGAGCUGGGGCGCACUCUUCACCCCAACACCAUAACACCAUAGAGGUUUUCUGUAGCGUGUUUCUCCUCAGUUGUUUCUCAAGUUACCCUUCUGCUUCCAUUCUGUUGAUGGUGUUCCUGCUACUUUCAAUAUCUCCUUUCAACCUUCUUGAAUUUGCAAAGGAAGGACCCAGGAACAGCUUCUGAGAGACGUGUGGAAAGAGGCUGCAGGGUGGUGUGGGUGCAGCGUGGUCACUCCCUUUACCUGAAAUGUUUGACGUAACAGCUACCAUCCUAUGUUUUCAUGGUCGUAAACCAUAAUAAAACCCCCCACUUGGAAGAAGA